AUGAACAAGCAGAGGAGCAUGGUGGACGCCUUGUAUCCCUGUGCGAUGCCCGCGCUCGGCCAGCGGCAGGCGGACCGGCUGCAGGUGCGCCUGCGCCUGCCGCAGCUGGCGCAGCAAGGCCAGGCGGUCAACAUCACGUGCGAGUACCGUCUGCGGCCCAGUGACCAGCUCUACUCGGUUCAGUGGUACAAGGAGGGCGAGGAGUUCUACCACUACAUGCCCAACACGCCCAAGAAGAAGCAGGCGUUCGUCGUGCCCGGAAUAGACGUGGACCUGGCAGCCUCAGAUGCACGCACCGUGCGGCUUCGAUCAGUGUAUCUGUCGACCUCGGGCCAGUUUCGCUGCGAAGUCUCACUGGAGGCGCCCUCAUUCGACACCUACUAUGACUACGGAGACAUGAUCGUGGUCGUUCAGCCGCGGCUAGGGCCGCAGCUGCACGGAAUCCGCCCUAGCUACCAGGUGGGGGAGCGCCUGCGGCUCAACUGCACGCUGGCCGGCUCCAAGCCGGCGGCCGCCCUCAACUGGUACAUCAACGAAGAGAAGGCGCUGCCGUCCCAGCUGGUGGAGCACGCGCCGGUGCGUGGCACCGACGGCCUC